AAGAGGAAUCGUAUAUAAGGGAUCGUCUUCGCUCCCACUCCCCAACGGAGCUCUCGUUUCUCUCGAUCUCGCUUCCUCCGUCUACUGCCCUAACUCAUAGAUUCAAUUGCUUCUUUUUCAUCGAGUCUUUUACCUUUCGCUUGUGAUAUCUGCUGGUCUCUUUCUGAGUGUGGUGAUGACAACAUUUGAGUUGUACCGGAGAUCCACUAUUGGCAUGUGCCUGACAGAAACCUUGGAUGAGAUGGUGUCUAAUGGUACCCUUAGCCCUGAGCUUGCUAUCCAAGUGCUUGUUCAAUUUGAUAAGUCUAUGACAGAAGCAUUGGAAGCCCAAGUGAAGAGCAAGGUUGCUAUCAAAGGUCAUCUGCAUACCUAUAGGUUCUGCGACAAUGUAUGGACCUUCAUUUUGCAGGAUGCCCAAUUUAAGAAUGAGGAAUGCCAAGAGCAUGUCGGGAAAGUGAAGAUUGUGGCAUGCGAUUCCAAGUUACUGAAUCAAUGAUUCCCAGUCAUCUUCCAUCUGUGUUCACCUGAGACAUCUCAAACGAAGAUGAAAUCUUCCUCUUGUAAUCAUAUUGCCUAGCCAUGAUAUCAACCAGUCCUAUGCUUGAAGACACAAUUACCAGCAAUGGUUACAAUAAUUUUGAGACUUAAAUGCUUAUCUUUGUUGUCCCUGUAUUAUUUGUUCCUUUUCUGUGUUUCUCAGUGGUGCUCUUAAAGAUUGAUGGAAAAGCAGAAAUUAUAUCCCCUCUUUCUGAUAUUGGGAUUUGGAUCUUA